AUGUUAGGCAAAUGGUUAGAAACAAAUGAAUCUCGUGAUUGGCCUAGUGGUUUAGGUCCUGUCAUGCUUGCUAUAAGCAGCUGUAGAUCUCAAAGUACAAAGAAAACACCAUAUGAAAUGGUAUUUGGACAACGUGUACGUAGUGAUCAUGAUUUUUGGUUACAAAUUCAUCAACAAAUGAAUAAUAAAUCAAUUAUUAAUGAAGAAGAGUUACCAACAUCAAUAAUGGAUGACUUAAAUUCUGCUAAUGAAGAACUCAUUGAAGAUGAUUGCUUGUGUGAUGCUAACUUCUCAAAACCAUUGGUAUUUUCAUCAGAUAUUAAUAAAUUUGAAUCAAAAGAUAGUAAUCAUGAUUCACAUAAACGUAUUCGUGAUGAAGCUGAACAAAACUACAUUCGUACAGCAGCAACAGUAGAUGGAAUAAUAACUGAUUUAUUUUCAUCAACAGAUUUCAUCGAUUUAUCUGAAACUAUUUCAGCUGAAUUACGACAAUUGGACCAUAAUAGUAUACCAAAUAUUAGUUUUAUUCAAGCAUGUCAAAUUUUUACAGAAUUCAAAGCUAUCAAUUCUUGUAAAUGCACAGGUCCAUGUGACACAAAACGAUGUCCAUGUAAAAAACAAUCUAUAAAAUGUUGCAGUAAAUGUCAUCGUGGUAAAUGUGUAUCAUGUAAAAAUAACAUAUGA